UCAAAGCUUGAGAAUCUUCUUUCCAAUCUUAUCUAAAGUUUAUGUCAUGCAGACUAUGAAUUUAUCAUUAAAAACUAAUUUGAACAAUUUAUUAGCCAUUCUAAUUGAUUAAGAAUCAAUUUUAAAGCUUCUUCCUCCAUUACUGGCAGUUCAUGCCACAUUCGUCAGCAAUCAAAGAACAUCCAAAAACCGUUAAACUUAAUUUCAAAAUUCCAUUUUCGAAAGGGGGACGAAUAAUUCAAAAAUAGAAAGUCAGACAAAAAUAAGACAAACAACUCAUUUUUAAUUCGUGCUAACUCCAUGUGCUUCUGUUAUUAUUUGAAAUUUUAAACAAUUUUUCCGAAAAAAUUAAAUUAACUUAUAAAAUAGCAAAGGAACAGACUAUAUAUGAUGGAUAUAUUCAAAAGUCUAACAUUAGGUGUCAAAUUCACUAAGAAUAAAAGCAAACGUGAAUUGCCAAAAGAAAUUAAGCAAGAAGAAAGUGAUGUUGAGAUCCAGGAAAUCAAUCCUAAAGUUAAAAGGAAGAAGUUAUCAGCAGAAUAUGUGAAACAGAAGGAAAACGAACGAGUUAAUAAGAUUAGAAAGGAAAAUCACAUUAAUGUCAAAGGUGACAAUGAGAAAGAAACUCCAAUUGAGUCAUUUGAUGAAUUAUUCUCGAGAUUUACUAUUGACGAGACAUUAAAAAGCAACUUGUUAAGCUUGAAUUACAAGAAACCAUCAGUUGUGCAGAUGCAAGUGGUUCCAUUAAUGCUGAGGAAGAAGCAAGUCAAAGUUUGUGCUCAAACUGGAAGUGGCAAAACCUUGGCAUUCAUCAUUCCAUUAAUCCAAAACUUAAUUGAGAUGAGGAACAAAAAUCCAAAAUCUGACGAAAUUCUUGCUGUGAUUUUAUUACCAACAAGGGAACUUGCUCAACAGAUUCUAUCAGUAGCAACAAGAAUGUGUCAGGAAACGAGCAUCAGAACUAACAUAGUAACGAGCACUAAUGAGUCGCACAUGAGCAGUUUCCACAAAAAGAAGACAAGCAUUUUGAUAUCGACGCCACUAAAGUUGGUACAUUUUAUUAAGAACUCAAAGAUAUCACUUAAAAGUGUUGAAUGGAUUGUAAUUGAUGAAGUCGAUAAAUUUUUUGAGGAAAGCAAUCAAACGUUCCAGCAGGAUCUUGAAGUUAUAUUCACAGAAUGCAGCAAUCCAGAUAGAAAAUUUGCAUUAUUUAGUGCUACGACUACAAAGACAAUGACUGCUUGGGUACAUGAGAAGCUAUCAAGUGGAUUUGUGACUGUAAACAUAUCCCCAAACAUGCCAGUGUCAUCAGUUGAACAGGAACUAAGAUAUGUUGGAACUGAGUCGUCAAAAUUAAUGGAACUUCGUGAAAUUAUUCGACAAGGCAUUCAACCACCGAUUUUGAUAUUUGUUCAGUCCAAGGAUCGUGCUAAGCAGCUGUUUUCAGAACUGAUGUAUGAUGGAUUAAAUAUAGACAUCAUUCAUUCAGAUCGUACUGGAAAGGAGCGCAAUGAAAUUUACAAAAAGUUUCGUGAAGGCAAAAUUUGGAUUUUAAUCUGCACAGAAUUAAUGUCGCGAGGAAUUGAUUUCCAGAAUGUCUCAUUAGUUGUGAAUUUUGAUCUUCCAACAUCCUUAAUAUCAUAUGUACAUAAAAUUGGCAGAGCAGGAAGAGCCAACAAAAAAGGAAAGGCUAUAACAUUCUACACGAAUGAUGACAACAAGAUUGGAUUGCUUCGAGAUGUUGCUAAGUUAAUUAAGUCAUCAGGAUCGCAAGUUGAGCCUUUCUUGCUUCAAUUAAAGAAAAGUUCGAAGAAGGAACGUGAUGCUUUGCUGAAGAGAGCACCAAAACGAAAGAAUAUAAGCACACAAAUUGAUUCUAAAAGUAAGAAAAAGUUAAACAAAAAAAAGAAGAAGGUGCCGAAGGUUGAGGAUAAAGAUAGUGAUGAAGAUUAAUAAAUGAAUUAUUUGAAGUU